CUGCACCCUCGAUCUGCACCCAAAGCAGGUCAGCAGGAGCUGGCGUGGCUGCCAGUGCAGCCUGUGCACUGACUGGUCGUCCGCCCUGUCUAGCAAUUGAAGCUUGUUACUAAACACCAGCUUCCCCCAUCCGCCCUUUCCCAUUACUUAUCCUUCGCGAAUCUCCUGCUCACGCCGGAUUUCUACCUACCUUGCAUUCCAAUCCCGAGUUUCGCGACCCUGUACUCUUACAUUUCUGGGAUAACCUGAUCCCUCGUCUUUAUUCCUCGACGCCAUCUGCUCAUCCGACCUCGACUCCAUAUCCACAACACUCACGUAUCACAAUGGCAGCUUCAAGAGCCUCAUCGCUACGAGCUCUCAACCGCCUUGCGGUAGGCACCACCCAAGUCCGGAGCCUCCACAUGACUGGUCCCAGCACUUUCUCCUCCCUGCUCACAACCGAGCGCCCUGCCAUCAACCUCCCCCAGGACACCGCGGGGCUGCGGGAAGAGUGCAAGAAGCGCAACCUGCCCACGACUGGGAGUAAGACUGAGCUCACCGACCGCCUCACCGCCCACCUCACCGUCAACUCGCGCGCCUACAGCACCCGCACACCUUCGCGGCCCGUCCUCCUCGCCCCCGCGUCCUCCGACGUGCCCACGCGCCACUUCAACACCUCGCGCGCCCUCAAAGCCGUCAACGACUCCUCCACCAUCGACUUCGCCUACCUCCCGGAUUUCGACCCGGACCUCUCCCCCGCGCCCUUCCUGCCGCGCGUGCCCCUGCUCCCGUCGACCUUCUACGGCUCUGCGGCUAUCCCGUCCUACGCGACGGGCGAGGCGGCGGAUGAGAUUGCGGGCGUCAUGAAGCCGGAGAUUGUGACGGCGAGCUUGGAUGGCACGCAUAUCUAUGCGCCAAGUGCGAUGAGCGAGGUUAGUGAUAGCGGGGCAGUGGAUUUCCAGGGGGUGAGGGGCGCGGUGGCGAAGAAGGUGGAGGAGAAGGUGGAGGAGGGGGGGAUGGUGAAGCAGGUGUGGGGAGGGUUGGUGGAGGAUUUGUUUGGGAAGGGGGGCAGGCCGGCGGCUUGA